UUUGCGCAGGGAUGAGGCGCACAGAGAAUGCGUUGGUAACCUAUCAUUUUAGUUUCGCUUUUCAUUUGGAAAUUCGCUUCAAGUCCAGGAAGUCAAAUCAAGUGUUCAACUCUUUAUGUAGAAACGACAAUGAGUUACGAUCGAGCUAUUACUGUUUUUUCCCCAGACGGACAUUUGUUUCAGGUGGAAUAUGCUCAAGAAGCGGUCAAAAAAGGUUCAACAGUAGUUGGCGUGCGUGGCAAGACCAUCGUGGUGGUUGGAGUGGAGAAAAAAUCACUCGCCAAACUUCAGGAUGACAGAACCGUGCGUAAAAUCUGCCCUUUGGACGAUAACGUCUUCAUGGCGUUUGCAGGCCUAACAGCAGACGCCAGGAUUGUGAUCAACAGGGCAAGAGUGGAGUGCCAGAGUCACAGACUGACAGUGGAGGAUCCUGUGACAGUGGAAUACAUCACCCGCUUCAUAUGCAAUCUGAAGCAGCGUUACACUCAGAGCAAUGGGCGUAGGCCCUUUGGGAUCUCAUCCUUGAUCGCAGGUUUUGACUUCGAUGGAACACCACACCUUUACCAAACUGACCCAUCUGGAACGUACCACGCCUGGAAGGCAAAUGCUAUUGGUAGAUCAGGAAAAACUGUACGGGAAUUCCUGGAGAAGAGCUACAAAGAGGAAGAUGUGGAGUCUGAUGAAGGAGCCAUUAAACUGGCGAUCAAAGCAUUGCUGGAGGUUGUGCAGUCAGGAGGGAAGAACAUUGAGCUUGCAGUCAUGAAGCAGAAUGAGGCACUGAAGAUUUUGGAUCCUGAAGAGGUAGAUAAACACGUCUUGGCUUUGGAAAAGGAAAAAGAAGAGGCCGAUAAGAAAAAGAAAACAUGAGAACAUUACCCUCUUACCUACCCAGUGGCAACUACAUGUAUUUAUAUCCAUAAUGACAUGAAAUAAUUUCCACAUAUUUCCACAAAUUAAAUAAAAGUUCUUUAUAUACCAA